AAAGAACACGGCCGAAACGAUGGCGUCACUCCUGCAGCUGGAUACGGUCAAGACUCGCAUGGCCGUGACCGCCACAGCCGUUCAAGAGGCGCAGAACCUAUCCAACCUGGCCACUCAAAUCGAUGCAGCGCUCGAGUCGACAGAUGUGCAGGAAGUUGCCAGCGCCCUUCUCAGCCUUCAACGCAGUGUUUUGGUGCUGGGCAGUGACUCCGACUUGGGCGAUCACGAGCUUCAACAACAACAGCUUCAAGCCCUAACGGCCCGCCUCCGUUCUCUCGCCCGACCCCGCCUGCUUGAAGCCAUCCAACGCCGUGACGUUGCGGCGGCGGCUGCCACCGUCACGCUCUUUCAGGACAUGGCUUUGCAGGAUGAUGCCGAGUCGGCUUUUCAGAAAGCCAUCGAGGAUGGCGUGCAAACCCAAUGGACAACCCUGCGCACCGCCGAGGGUCCUGGUGGUGCGAUCCAGGCCAUGAUCGAUGAGCUGUGUGCCAACUUUCACAACGACGUCGAGUUUGUGCGAACAGUCUUCCGCACUGAGCGCCCCGAAGAACGCGUCUCCAUGGCCUACUCCGAGGCUCUGGCCCAACUUCAGCCGAGCAUGAAGGCCACGUUCAGCGAGCUCGUCGACAGCGCCCCUGGCCCGUUCCGGCUCGCCGAGGUGGCGCGUGUGCGUCAGCACGCUCGGCGCCAAUUGGAGCAUCGCGCCGUGUCCUGGCCAUCGUUGCGUCCUGUUUUGCAAACCAUUGGCACCUACCAGGACGGGUUUAGCUCCUACAUGCAGGCAGACCUGGCCAAGUUGCUGCUGGCGUCCAAUGCCACCGGUACUGAUGACGAACAAGCCGCAGAUGCAGAUGCGGAUGCCGGCGAGGCAACCGAUCUAGUAGAGGAGCCCGAAUCAAAGGCUGCAGAUCUAAAUGAACGCCUGCGCGCGCGCUGUGGUGACUUUAUCGCGCGGUGGGAGCGUUUUGUCCCACUUGCGCUGACAGUCAUGCAACAGCUCGACGAGCGCACUUGCUUGCCAGCGCUGCUCCAAGCCAUCGCUGCAGUGUUGGAUACUUGGAGUCAGGAAACGAGUGUCAUGCUCGAUAAAGCCAACGUGCUGCCCGAGCUACCAGCCACCUCGGGCAAGAGCGUGGUGCGCAGCGAGGACUUUCACUACGCGUUUAGUCUCGUCCAGCAUCUCGGUGAUUGCGUGGCUGCCGUGCAAGGACUCGAGCCCAAACUCUCGACCGUAGCCGCCAGCGCCGUGUCUGCGGCCGAACAGACAGCUGCCAAAGCGGCUGCGGCCGGUACAAUGGAACACAAACACCAGGCUCCCGACACGCUGCUGGGCAAAACCCGCGAGGUGCAGCGCCAGAUGGAUGUGCUCAAGAACAAACUUUACAAGAAUGAGCCCAUUCUCGGGGAGGCAGUCGCGCGAAUGACGCCGCUGUCCAACCGCAUGCACCGAUUUGCACUUGAUUAUGCCGUUGCGCCGCUGCAGAGCGACUUGAAGGCCUACGCUACCCAGGGCAAUUGGACUACGAUCCGACUCGAUGAUCCAAAGCAAGCCGCUCUUCCCACGCCCCGCAUUAGCCAGAUUGGCGAGAUCAUCCUGCAAAUGCCGCAGCUCAUGGAGCCCCACUUUGAGAUGCCGGGCGUGAAGGCUCUGAUGGACUGCUGUACGCUGGAUAUCUUCCACGUGGAAGGGGCGACUGAGGUUGAUGAUCGUUGGGUGGACGCACUGGCGCGCCGCAUUUGUAACGUGGUAGUGGAGGCUUCAUUUCUUCUCCCCAACGGCGUGCCGGCUGAUGGGCGCAAGCAGCUGGCUGCAGACUUUGACUAUGUUUGCAACGUGUUGACCGCCUUUGACGCCACUCCGGCCCCAGCACUCAUCUACUUGGUGCAGCUCUUGGGGCAAGACAAGGUGGAGGAGAGUGCCCAGAGCCGUGCCAGCGAGGUUCCCGAUGGCAAAGCUAUUCUCCAGCUGAUUCAUCGCCUCCGCAAAAACUAG